AUGGCUCCCACGGCACACUCCCAUGGCCGCUCUCACAGCCUGCUUUUGCUUCAAAGGCUUCUGAAUUUUCGUGAUGCCGCCAGCCCUCUCACUCUCCUCCUCGACAACCUUGAACAGCCCGCCCGCCCAGUCAUCUCGGAGCUCAUGACCAGAUCAAAGCUAGCAAAGACAAAAAUCAUCUUCUUGUCCUUCUCCACGCUCCGCAAGCCUCGAGAUGCAGAUAUCCUCAUUAAAGCCACUGGAAAAGAUUCAAAUGCGAUAGCCCGAGAACUUUUAGCACAUUACCCCUCAUUCCAACCGUCAGCUCUCAAGGAUAAGACUGCGCAAAGAGCUGUCGUCUUCAUUGACUCAUUGAAUUCUCUUUCAUCCGCAGCCACUCAAUCCUUGGCAGUCUUUCUAUCGAGCAUCAUCACACCGGUAGUAUCCAUCGUGGGUGUAUAUCACACCGAUGUGCCGGUCAUUCUACCCAAAUCAUUCAACGAAUAUGAGCCUCACCCAUUUACGCUGCUCUGCCAUCUGGCCACAGCCGUACUGACUCUAUCAAGCCUGCGGCAAGAAAUCGAACGACAAAAGGCGCGCAACAGAAGCGUCGUAGAGCCAGAGUGGGGCCUUAGAGAACACCGCGAAGGCAUCCUCAUUGGCCUUGCAGAAAAGGGCAAAUCCGAGGACCAAGCAGGCGUCGUCAUUACCAUGGAGUUACGGAGGAGAAGCGGACGGGCUGUCGACGAAAAGUUCAUCCUCAUGCCCGGCUCUGCAGCUGCAAAAUCCAGGCUGGGCAAGCUCUGUCUACUCACGGACCACACCAUGUUUAAGAAGCCCGAAGCUGAGCGGGGAGAUGGAGGGGACGAGCAGCCCGAGAGCACGUUUAACCUGGGUCUUACAGAAAAGCAGCGAAAGGAUAGGGAGGGGAUUGUGCUGCCGUACUUUGAUGCGCAGACAGAUAUAGGAGCGGGUGAGGGAGGUAGAAUUCUAUACGAGAUGGGCAGAGAGGACGAUUUCGACGAUGAAGAAGACGAGAUAUAA